CGCUAGGCCAGUGCGGCGGCCGUGGCAAAGGACUGCUUGCUCUUACGUUGUACGCGCUUGGUCUCAGAUAGCUGAGAAUCCAGCGAUUCAACGAGUUGCCAAAAAUUCCUGCUGCAUUUCCUGCUCACGGCUCAUAAAACACACUUGCAGUCUUGCAGAGCAUCGCCGCCUUCAUAACUACCGCAUAAAUCGACGCGGUUUUCCGCCAGCGUGCGCAGCCGACGCAGCAAUGAAGCUCAAGCACCACCAGCAGAAGCUCCUGCGCAAGGUCGACUUCCUCAGUUGGAAGGGCGACAACACGCUCCGCGAGGCGGCGGUCAUGCGCCGCUACCACGUUACUGGUAGAGAGGACUACGUCAAGUAUUCGAGAUUAGUAGGGCAGGUCACGGCCUUCGUCGCCAAGCUCAAACAACUGAAACCGGACGACGAGCAGCGCGCCGAUUUAUCGGGCCAACUACUACGGAAGCUCUACGCCAUGGGUCUGGUGGAUUCCGAGUCGUCGCUCGCCAAGGCCGAGAAGGUCACGGUGUCGUGCUUCUGCCGGCGGCGCCUGCCCGUGGUGCUGGUGCGGCUGAAGAUGGCGCCGUCCGUCAAGGAGGCGUCGAGAUUCGUGGAGGACGGCGACGUGCGCGUGGGCCCGCGCGUCGUGAGGGACCCGGCCUUCCUCGUCACCAGGUCCAUGGAGGACUUCGUGACGUGGGCCGGCGACGCGUCCCAGAAGCGGCACAUUGCCCGGUACUCGAACAAGCUCGACGACUUCGAUCUGCUCCAACUCUAGGGCGUGCGGUCACGGAGCCCCCGCGGCGGUCGUGGUGGCUAGGCGUUCUAGCUCGAAGCAAAGCGACUCUUAAGAUAUGUGUGG